CACACAUGAGAGCUGCUGUCGUUGUUUUCUCCCAACACCAUUUUUGGUUUUAUCGAGGAUUUUGGCCUUUUCCACUUUUCGCACCUCGGCUUUAUUCUUCUAUUGUACCACUGACUGAACAGCAACAUCUCGUGAUCCUCUACUGCGCCCUUGACAUGGAAACAUCGCAACUCAGUUAACCAAGUCUGCAUGUAUCUUGGGGGACAAUGACCCGUCCCGAAAUCUGCACAAUUAUCCAACUAUACGAGUAUAGCGCAGGUUGCAGAAGAUGUCCACGAAAUCUGAUUUUCCUUCCGCCGACUGGAUCCAACCAAAGAUAAGACACCGGGGGGAAAGUUUUUAACAGUUUCUAAACCCCGCUGGUCUCUGUCUAGUGGAGGACUUCUCGCUGUGGAGGAGGAGGAGGAGGAGGAGGAGGCUGGGCCGACAUGAGGCUGUGUAACCGGGGUGUGAUGAUGCUACUGACCACGGCGGGGGCUUUCUGCGCCUUCAGCCUCAUGACUAUCGCCGUGGGCACGGACUACUGGCUGUACUCCCGCGGGAUGUGCCGCUCCAAGAGCCUGGGUGACAACGAGACCGUCCACAAGAACGAGGAGGUCCUGACCCACUCCGGUCUGUGGAGGACCUGCUGCACCGAGGGAACAUUUCGUGGUGUUUGCAAAGACAUUGAUCACUUUGCUGAAGAUGGAGACUAUGAGCAGGAUGCUGCAGAGUAUUUACUACGAGCAGUGCGAGCCUCCAGCCUCUUCCCCAUCCUCAGUGUCGGAUUAUUAUUUCUCGGAGGUGUCUGUGUAGCUGCCAGCGAGUUCUACAAGUCACGCUACAAUGUCAUCCUCAGUGCGGGAAUACUCUUUGUCUCUGCGGGUCUCAGUAACAUUAUUGGCAUCAUUGUGUACAUAUCAGCCAACUCAGGUGACCCCAGCCAGAGCGACAACAAGAAGAGCUACUCCUAUGGCUGGUCUUUUUAUUUUGGAGCUCUGUCCUUUGUGCUGGCUGAGAUGGUAGGCGUCCUGGCAGUGCACGUGUUCAUAGAAAAACACAGACAGUUGCGCACUAAAGGCCGGCCUUCCCUCAUAAAGCCACCCAUCUCCCGCAACUCAUCCUACUACCGCAACCGUUACUACCAGAACCGCAGCCGCAGAUACAGUUACAGGAGCAACCACAGUGCAGGGGACUCCUUUCGUGCAUCCAUGGUGCGAGACCGUGAACCGUCCCUCUCCGCUGAAUCCAAAGUCAACGCCAUGACAGGUUUGCCAACACCAGUGACAGUGGGCUCAGAGUUCAUGCUCUACACCUUAUCCUCGCCUCUAAAAGACGGUAAGAUUGACAUGGCUGUGGAUAAAUUAACUACUGCAGCUGCACACAACAACACAGAUUUGCUGCCUGGAAACUGUGCUGCCAGCAGAAGGACCACGCCUGUCUGAGAGGAAAGGAACUUGGGGAGGGAGAUGUACAGGGAUCGAACACAAGGGGAACGUCUGUGAGAGGAGGACAUUAAAUGAGAGGAAUUCCCCUCACUUACUUGGUAAAGACAGAGGAAACACUGAAAACAAAGAAAUGAAGCAAAACCUCAUGUUUGAGAAGCUCGAACAGACAACGUUUGGCAUUUUCCUCCUUGAAACAAAGAAGUUGUAGAUUAUUUUUCAAGAAAUCUGCAUCUUUGAUUCACUGUUGACAAACUCUGAGAAAAAGAGAUGUAGUACACAAGAACACAAUUUUGGGAUCUAAUAUUUUUAUGCUCUUUGUACGUUAUUCUGCUAUUCUAUUACAGUAGCUGCAGAAUAUCUGUAGUGUGAAAGUGAAUGAGUGUGUAUAGUAAUAGGAAUGUGUGUAUGAGACAGACAGUCAUGUAGAGAGAGACAGAAAAGAGGAGUCAAUGAAAUUGGGAAACUAAAUGCAACACACAAAUACAUCUGGGUGUGACAUAACUAACUAUGUUCUGUUCCUGUCCUUCUUUUUGUGGACUUAAGGUCAAAAUCGAAACCCCAUUAAAUGCAUUAGCACUCACUCUAUCUGUCUCUCACUGUGUCUGUUUGUAAUGCGUAAGCAUGUGAGUGCAACAAAACGUUCUGCCCUCAUGGUUAUGUCACUGAGUCUAUGUUUACGUCAAAUAAAGCUUAAAAAAUAACACAAAA